AUGCCGCCCAAGAAGGCGGAGGCGGCCUUGCUCGCAGACGUCGCAGAGCAUCGUCGGUGGGCGACUGCCAAUUUGACGGCCCUGAGAGCACGGGGCGGCAUCGGCUUGAAGGCGAAGCUUCAGCAGAGGGCGGGGCUCGAGGAACAGCGGAUUUACAAGUGGUACGUGAAGCACGCGGGCGUCGCAUCUGAUCAUCCGACAGUUGCCGCUGCCCUGUCGGAGCUGGACGCCCUGGUCAAUGACUCCCUCGGCCCGGCAGCGUCGGCGUGCCCCGGCGACGCCCCGCCGGCAAAGCAAAGGCGCCUGACCGAGAGGGGUGGCGAGGCUGCUGCCUGCGCGGCGCCGUUGCAGGGCGAGUCGCGGCCUGGCCAGUCGACGCCGGCAGCUCGAGGGGUUGUCCCGACGGCUUGCUCGGCUGGACACGGCCCGGCGGCUGCAGCAGCGGCCAAGGCGUCUCCCGCUUCAACGCCGCCCAUCGGCAUCGAAGAGACCCCGGCGAAGAGGCCUCGCCUGUUCGCCGACGGGCUCGGUGCGACGCCCGCGCAGACCACCGGCGGCCUGGCGCCUGCCACCGCGGAGGCCUUGGCAAGGUCGUGCCGCAAGAGCCCGUGGGAGUCCCCGUUGGUCGACGAUUCCGUGAGGCUUGCUCACCCAGGGAAUCCCGCGAGAGGUGCCUCGCGGCCCGUCGAGCGGCCGCGCUUGCGCCCGCGGGAAGAGGAGCGCCUCCUGGCGGCAGUGCCGCGGAAAGCUGUGAAAGAUCUGUACGUGCACGUCCGCGAUGAGGCUCUGCGCCUAGGCAACGGAGAGUACCUCCCACAAUGGCGCGAGAACAAGCCAAAGUAUCGACAGCUGAACUACGUGUGGAAUUUGCACCAGCACGGCGAGCUCCAGGCGGCCGAGUACGCUCUGUUGGCGCACCAGCCUCACAUUAUUGGCCCAGAGCUCUUCGGCGCAGUGGAGAAGGUGGAGUGCCCCGCCGCAGUGAUCCCCUCGAGCAGCAGCGCCUGGCGGUGGACUUUCAAGCCGGCAGGAGUUGACGUGGAAGGACCGCAGGUGGAAUCUCGGGCCGACGCGGCGCGAGCCCUGGCCGGGCUGCAGGCGCGGCUGUACCCCGAGUGGCAUCACCCAGGCACUCGCGAGCAACACCUCCGCGCCCUGCUGCGCGACGACGACCGGCAGCAGCAGAUGCGCGGCCUGCUCGCUCAGCCUGGCAUGCGGUUCGCCAGAGCGGCCGUGCUGGGAGCAGCCGCGUCAGCGCCCCGAGACGGCCGCGCGGGCGCCGCUGGCUUCCCCAACCUGACAAACACGUGCUACAUCAAUGCCGUGGUGCAGUGCUUGUACCACACGCACCCCUUCCGCGCAGACAUCGAGGGCAUGCAGCCGGGCGCCAGCAACAUGGGGGACCGCCUGCGGGACUUGUUCUGUGCGCGCAGCUCCCCUGCUUCCACGGCCGGCGACAUUCGCCCGCCGUUGGUGGCCCUUGUCCGCCAGAUCUUGCAGCAGCCGCCAGGCUUUGAGUCCGGUCGCCAACAGGACGCGGCGGAGUGCCUGAUGCGCGUCCUCGAGCACGCGGACCUCGGAGGAGUGCGGCGCCGCGUCUGCGGGGACGGCGCAGCCGCGAGCGUCGAGGGCAUGGUGCACUGCUGCGCGGCCGAGGAGGCCCAGGUGGGUCGCGAUGCGCCGCCUGUGCCCAUGGCCGCCAUGAUCCAGGCGUCCCUCACGGGCGAGCAGGCCGUCCGUGAGGCUUCGGAGGCAGUGGUCCUCCGCGUGGAGAGCAUGUACGAACAGGAUGGCAGACAGUUCGCGGUGGACGCGCGGGCGGACUGGCGGGACACUGUCUUCCCCGUCAGCAUUCUCAACGGAGACGCCGUUUCUUACGAGGUGGCGGCCUUCGCGCAGCACCGCGCCGCGCGCGGCGUACCACCUCUGCAGCGGAUGCGCGGCGGCCACUACGUCGCCUACGUCAACAAGGGCGGGCGCUGGUUCGAGCUCGACGAUGCCGUCGUGACGGAGCUGCCUGAGCCGCCUGACGCGUAUCCGUACUUGGUCUUCCUGGCCCGCGCGAGGCCCAGACGGUCGAUUCCGAUGGGCGGGAAGCGGCGCGACCCUCGUGGGCCUGACGACGCUCUGGAGGCUGCUGCCAGGCUGUCGCGAGUGAUGCCUGCGGCGUCGGGAGGGGCCGCUGCUGGCUUAGCAUCCGGAUCGGGCAGCGGCAGCCGCGGCUUGCCACAGGCUGCAGGCUCAGCGGCUGGUCAAGGCCGGACAGGCAGGGACUGGAGUGGCAGAGACCAGUCUGGUAGAGACGAGACUGGAAAGGACCAGACUGGUAGGAACCGCAGCGGUCAGCCAAGGGGCAUUGCUGGAGUGCACCCAGCUGCCAGGGCCGUCUGGAACGCUUCAGCUGCCGCGGACAACAGAGACCACACCCGGGCAGACCCCGAGAACAGCGCGGACAACCCUUUCAAGCGGUACGUGGAUAACUGGGAUCUGCGACGCACCAGCGCAGAUGUGAAAUGCCGCACCUGGUCGCAGAGGGCCGAGCCGUCGGGCCCCCAGCCGUGCCGGCUCUGCCAGGGCCGAGACUUCGCGUUCCGCGAAGAUUGGAAGAAGCACGUGGACGACGAGCACGGUGGCGUCCAGCGCUACCGCAACGCUCUCUUCUCGUCGCUGUCGCUGAAGCCCUAUGUUGUCAAGGGAGAGGAGUGGCGCGCGAUCGUGGCCAAUUAUGCGGAGUUCUACGCCAGGGCCGCCGUGGACUGGGAGAAGCCGACUGAGCGCAUGCGUGAGCUCGCUCAGACUCCCGAGGGGUUGUCUGCAGAUGAGCGCUGGGCGCCCCGGACCCGCUGUGCGUGCGUCUUCUGCGCCAGGCUGCACUGGUCCGAGGACCUCUCCUUGGAGUUCCUAGCAGGCAAGGACUGCUUCAUGAAGAACCCCGAGGCCGUGGCCAAGCUGUUGUCUUGGGAGGUUUACCACAAGCACUGGCCCGACAUCCCCGAGGCCGAGCUCCGCGCCUCCGCCGUGCGUCUGCGCAUUGGGAACACGGACACAUUCCAACUUGUCCUCAUGCACAAGCGGCGGGUGACGGAUGCGCAGGCGUUGGGCGACGAGCGGGCCCCGGUGUGCGAGGAUUGCCUGUGCGCGUUCUCUCCCCGCCACCCGCGCAUGUGCAAGUUCACCUUCGCUAACCACUUGUGGCUCGGCAGGAAUGACCCGCUCUUCCGCACUGCCAACUUGUCGCACCAGAUGCUCCUCGCACUCGCCCGCAGCUACGACAAGCAGCGCAGCGGCGACGGGCCCACGUGGUACUUCCUCUUCCACCAGACGGGCAUGGUGGGCUCCGCAAUCCUCUUCGGGAACGCGUCGUGCAAGGAGGCCAUGGAGCGUUUCCCUCCGGCUUCCAUCAAGGACGCCUUCGCGGUGACUUUCCUGGCAGCCAAGCAGGACGCGGCGAAAGAGCAGCCGCCAGACGGCUCGGAGAAUGCAGCGGGACAGUGGCGCCGCGAGGGUCUGGCUGGCGACGCCGCCAGGCAGCAGGACGCCGCCCGGCGCGCCGUCCGGGGCAUCGCGCGCCUCAAGGUGAACCGCGCAGAGUUUGACUCGCAGGCGCAAGCGCUGCAGUCCACGAACGUCGUCUACAAAGACAAGGAUUACGACGAGGCGCUGGUUGCCCAGUGGUGCCCCAACCCGCUGAUUCCUGAGGUGCCCCCGGUGGUGUUGGACAGCGUCGUGGCCGUGCCGUUGGAGGAUUCGCCCGGCGCCGUCGUGGCCGCGGGACCAGCCGACGCCACGGCGGCCGGGGCGCAGGAUAUGGAAGACGCAGACGUUCAGGCGUGCAAGGAAUCCCGGUACGUGAGCGCGUUCAGCGAGGAGGACAUCCCGGGCGCGGCCGCCUCGGCGGGGGCCUUGGAGGUGACGGCGCUGAUCAAGCAGCUGGAGGAGCUGGACGCGACAGCGCAGCGCUCCGUGGCCAAGGAGACAGAGCACGCCAUCGAGUCAGGCAGCGCGCUGCUGGACGAGGCGGGCAGGGAGCGAGUCUUGCAGCUCUGCGAGUCCGUUCGAAACCGCGCUGCUCGGUUGUCGCGCCCGGAGCGGGAGCUGCGGCUGCAGGAGGACCUCGCGCGCGCCGCGCUGGGCGAACCGGUCAGGCCUCGACAGGCGGGGGGGGCCGAGGCGACCAUGGCGAACCUCGAGGUGACGCGCGGCACGGCGCCCCUGUCGCUGUUCGAGUGGAAGGUGUGGACGCAGGCGCGCCUGAGCCUGUGGCGCUACGGCGACGCCGGUCACCUGGACCCGGAACGAACGGGGACCUACCCGCAGUUGCUCGCCCACGAGUGGAUCACGUGCCUGUGCAUGCGGGAGGAGAUGGAGUACACUCUGGACACCGACGAGGAGAAGCCGUACCGCGUGCGGGAGAACGACGACGAUCCAGAGGUCAACCGGUUCGCGGCGGACUGGGUGUCGUUGCACAUGUUCGCCACGUUGCACUUCUUGACGGAGCGCCACCAGUCCGCCUUCGCCUUCCUGAAGAACGGAGGCAUGAAGUGGGCCGAGAAAGUGCAGCACCUCACGCCGGAUGCCCUGGCGGCGGCCGCCCGCGCUCACGCGGGUGGCGGCGGCGUGGCGGCUUUGGCAAGCAACGCCAACGUGCCCAACGUGGUUCGGGACGCCCUGAACAUCAUGCAGAUGGCCGUCGCGGACGUUGUCGGCACCGACGGACAUCGGCGCCUCUGCCGCCACGAGGGGGUUGCCUACAUGGCGCUCUUCGGGUGCCCCUUGAUCUUCGCCACCCCGAACGUAGCGGACACGAAGCAGCCACUGUUCGUCGGGGUGGAGGGCCAGGAGAUCCCGCUCGACGACCGGAGCAUUCCAGGCCUGCGCAGCGACGUCAUCCCAAAGUACCGAGACAUGAUGCGGCGCGUCGCCCAGGACCCGGUCGGCCAGACCGUGUGCUUCGAGCUCAUCAUGCGCCUCUUCUUCAUCCACGUCCUCGGCGUCCGCCCCGAGUGCGUGGGCGGCCGCCGGCGCGGCGUUCCUCCCAGGAAACGCUGCUCCUGGGACUGGUGCACCGACGGCGUGGCGGCGUCCUCGACCGCCCCGGGGAUCUUUGGGCCCGUGCAAGCUUUCCGCGGAGAGAUCGAGGCGCAAGGUCGGGGAUCGCUCCAUCCGCACAUCCUGGUGUGGUUGUGCGCCCUCUCGACGCGGCAGCUCGUGCACGUGCUCCGACGCCAUCCUGCCGCUUUCCGAGAGCGCCUGGGCAAGUGGAUGAGGGCGUGCGUCAUGGCCGUGGAGAGCACCUGCCAGAGUUCCGUAGAGGUGUUGCCGCGGCGUUUCGGGCACGUCGACCAGCGCGUGGACCCGCUGCCAUUCUCUGUCAUCGAACGAGACCAGUCGCGCUUCGACGGGGGCAGCGAGCUGGACGCGCUCCGCGAAGAGAAGCAGGCGGGCGCGGAGCUGACCGAGGACCAGGAGACCUUCCUGGAGACCGAGGACCGGGACUCCUGGCUCCGGCCCGAUCUGCCGUUGCGGGACGCCACAGGCCGCGAGUUGGCGCCGGGGGAGAAGGCACCGCCGCGGCCGUCCUCAUACGGCAUGCCCAUCGAUGCUUUCGCCGUGGGGAAAUGCCCCGCGGACGUCCGGGAGCUCGCCAAGGAGACGAUGACGCACGUGUGCGGAGAGAGCUGCUACAAGUACUCGGGCAACAAGACCACGAAGAUCUGCCGCCACGGCUUCUACUACAUCGUCACGCUUGCGGAUUGGCGCAGGCGCAGGCGAGGGAAGCCUCUGCGGAACGCCAUGUUCGUGGUGCGAUCCUCGACGCACGGCAUGCAGGGUCGUCUGUUGCACUUCCAGCUCCACCCGUCUGAGUGCAUUACCAACUACGCCGGCGCCGCGGCUGGACGCUUCAACCUGGAUGCGCAGGACCUCCGACGAGUCAGCGACCCCAAAGCGUGGUUGGACGAGGGCGAGGUGCUCCCGCACGUCGGCUCGCAACCCAAGCUGGGGUAUAUGGGCACGUGCGAGCUGGGCGAUGCCGACGCUUACGUCAACCGCCCGGAGGUUCCGGAGAAGCCGCUCGCGUGGACGGACGAUUGCUCGCCGGAGGAGUGGCGCGACAUUAUGCUGCAGUGCCAGACGGAGGACGCGGAGGGCGAGGACGCGGAUGACGCGGACGCCGCGGACACCUUCGCGGACCAGCUGGAACUGGAUGCCCAGGCAGCGUUCAGCGACGGCCUGAACACGGGCUUCUACAUCAACUCCUACACGACGAAGCAGUGCCCCAGCAUGGAGGGCGUCCUCGUGGAGAUGCGGCGCGGCCUGGAGCGGCUGCAGGCGCAGCGACAGGCGCAGCAGGACAAGAUGAAGCUGGAGCUGCAGCAGCGAGGAGACGACCCCGAGAAGACUCUGUCCGCCGCCGACCGGAGAGCGCUCGGGGGUAAGUCCAAGUUCGGGGAGACGCUGGAUCUGGUGAAGAAUCUGUCCGCAUCGUACCGCCGAUGCUACUGGAAGAGCGGGCCAGAGAUGCUGUUCCCGAUCUUCUACGGCCACCUCACCUACGCGUCCCACCGCUGCUGGACGAUCUUCAUCAAGAAGGGCGUCUUCCUGGCGGCGGAGGCGUGGCGACGCGAGUACGGGCGCUCUCUCCGGCACAAGGCCAAGCAGGACGGGGGCCGCGCCCCGGUGCAGUACCUCGGGCGCGGCGUCGACCCGUACACUCUCGAGGGGUGGCGCGAGGAAAAGGACGACGACGGGCAGGCGGUGUACGUGAGCCCGGAAGGCCAGCGCUUCCCGGAUAUCCUGACGGCCUACGAGCACGACGUCGCGACCAAGGCGGCGCGCGACGCGCCCGAUCAUCGCCAGGUGGUGUCGUUCCUGGCGAAGUUCAUGCAGGACAUGGGCUGCGAGAGCGAGGAGGCCCCGAAGACGGGGGACGGCUUCCGCAUCGUGAGGACCACGAGCACUCUGGACGACUGGCUGCACCGCGGCGACGACCCGGUCCUCAAGCACAUGAGUUUGCAGGUGCACGCCAUGUGGGUCUACCGCUGCGAGAAGCCCGACGGCCUGUGGCGAGUCAAGACCCGCGCGCAGCACCUGGACUUCGACUUCGCGCCGCACUACGCGCUGUACGCGACCCACAAGCAGCGCCUGGCCCCCGAGCUCCGCGUGCCCCUCAUCGAGGGCUUCACCAUGCCGACGAUGAACAAAGACUGCGAGACAGCAUGCUUGUACAAGCAGUUGCUCCUGAGGCCGUUGGAGGUGGAGAACUCGGAGACGCCGGAGGACGAGCGCAUGCUGCGGGCGUUCGCGCCCCUGAUGGAGGCCCCCGGCGCGCCCCGUGACAUGAAUGUGCGCGGGUCAACCUGUUUCACGCGAUCUUGGGCGCACUACGAGGCUCAGGCGGACGCGGAGGCCCGCGUCGCCGCGGCCCGCUUCCUCGCGCGGCACGAGUGGCCCUCGAUCUGGGAGACACAGGAGGUGCAGGAGGAAUUCUUCGCGCUGCACCAGGCGCGAGCGGAGGGUAAGGACGCGGAGGGCGACUCGCUGGACCCCGCCCACUGCCCCGACAGAGAGAAACCCAGGGCGACGGUGCACCAGUACGUCUCCAUGAUAGCCAUGCAGGUGGCGCCCAACCUCGAGGGAAUCGCCCUGGCGCGCGAGGAGAAGAAACCCCGGCAGUACCAGAGCGACGCAGCAGUGCAGAGCGCGUACCUCAAGGCGACCACCGGUGGAGGUGCCGGUCAGGACGAGGGCGCCGAGGCGGGCGAGGGCGUGGAGCACCCGGGCGCGCCUCCCAAGCGUGUCGGAGCACACUUCCAGCCGGUCCCGACGUGGGGCAUCGACGGGGAGCAGGACAUGGCGGACGUGCUGAACUUCGCGCACCGUAAGCGCCUCACGAGGUUGGCCAAGGAGCUCCUCGCGCUCCCGUGCAUGUCCGAGGCGGCCCGCGAGGGCGCGGGUGCGCCCGAGCCGACGGAGGCCGCGACUGCUCCCGCGCCCGCGGCCGGGUACCGACCGCUGGUGACCGCGGCGCGCGAGGAGAGACACGCCUGGGGAAACCUGCACGACGAACGCCUCCAGGACAAUCGCGACGAGGAAGAUGCAGGCGCUCCGGACGGCGAGGACGCGGGCGCAGGCGGCCUGGGCGGCGACCCCGCUGCGGCCAGUUUUGCCAGCAGCGUGUACUCAACGCCCAGCGCGUGCAUCGCCGCCCUGGUCGCUGGGUUGCCGGAGAACGAGAGACUCACGCGGGACCAGACGCUCUUCGUCGCCAAGUUCGCCAAGGCCUGCGACGACGCCUGGGAGGACGACGUGCAGAAGAAGCCCUGGAGCGAGAGAAAAGUGACGCACUUGCUCCUGUUGGGCCAGGGCGGCUCGGGGAAGACGCACGUGGUGCAGAAGAUCGUCUUCCCAGUGGUGGAGUAUUUGUGGCCCUCGUCGGCGCAGGACAAGGGCGCCAUGAUGGUCGUGGCCUUCUCGAACGCGCAGGCGAAGAACAUCUCCACGGAGACGGUGAAGGCCAGAACGCUGCACAACGCCUGUGCCCUGCGAGUCCAGAAGUACAUCAACGCGAAGAUGAGACCGGGGAGCAUGCAGAAGAGAUUGCAGUGGUUGUGGGAGCACGUCCGCGUCCUGGUCAUCGAGGAGGUGAGCAUGGUGGCAGCUGCUCUGUACAACGCUCUGGACCUCCGCGCCUGCCACGGGCGCAGUGACACGCACGACGUGCAGGAGUCCACCUACAAGAGGCCGCACCACCACUUCGGCCGCGUCCCCAUCGUGUUGCACCUCGGGGAUUUCCUGCAGCUGAAGCCCACCGGCAGCAUCGGGCUCCUGACGGACGUGAACGAGCUCCUGGACGACGGGUCGUACAAGUACGCGGAGCCGCCGACGGUGGAGAUCCAGCACGCCAUCAGGGUAUUCUCUCAGAUCCCCUGCGUCUUCGAGCUGAAGGGCACGAAGCGCUUCGAGCCGGGGGACCCUCUGAUCGCGUUCUUGGGCUGCAUGCGCGAGGGCAAGCGCUUCCCACCAGAGGUCUGGUCUGCCUGGGAGAAGACGUUGGCCUCUGACAACCACGGCGUCCUGGACCCUCGGCACCAGCACGAGAACUUUCGGCUCGGCUACGGCAUGGGCAUCUACUGGGAGACGCUGGCGAGGUGGAUCAACACGCGCGCUCGUCGCGACGCGCGGCGCCUCGGCGUCCCCCUCGUUUUCCUGCAGGCCGUAGACGAGUGCGGCACGAUUCAAGGCGAACCAGACGCAGGCCGGCGCCUCCUGAACGUCCCGAACAUGCACAAGACGGGGGACAUCCACGGCGUCUUACCGGCACACGUCGGCAUGGAGGUCCGGUUCACGGCCGUGCAGGAGGAGCUGAAGAAGAAGUUGGGGCUCGUGCAGGAGCAACGGGCCACCAUCGUGUCCUUCGAGUUUCACGCAGACGACGAGCGGGACUACGAGGAGUGCGCGCCGGGCCAGCUCUUCCGCCCCCGCUUCCUACCGCAGGGAAUCUGGCUGCAUGUGCACGGCUUCCAGGAGUCCCCGAUCUACAAGGAGGUCGCCGAGGUGCUGCUGCAGGGCACCGAGGGCGCUGACGACGACGGCGAGGCCCAGGCGCGGGCGAGGAGCUUGCUCAUGUUCAGGCCCAGCGAGCAGGAGUUCACGUGGCAGAGCUCGGGGGCGCACACUGUGCGCCGCUCGGGAUUCACGCUGACGCACGCGUCCUACCUGACCUCCACGCUGUCGCAGGGCCAGACGCUGCGCAAGGGCGUCACCAUCGACUGCGCCAGGGAUGAGGACGCUGGCCGCACGGGCAUGUCGGACGAUAUGUGGUGGCUGCACCUCUACGUCAUGUUCUCCCGCGCCACGUGCAUGCGGAACAUGCUGAUCCUGCGGCCGCCCGCGCGAGAGUUCCUGGAGCGCGGGCCGCCGGCGUCACUGCGGAAGGCGCUCCAGGAGUUCGACGAGAGAGCGGUGGACUCCAGGGCUGAAGCGGAGCAGCUCGCGGCAGAGCUGGGCUUCGUGCUGCCGCCCGCCUGA